AUGAUAAUGAAACUGAAACUCUCAAUACUAAAAAUUGAAUGUGAAACAGUACAUGGUGGUGAUGGUGUUCUUCUUGGUUCAGCAAGUGAAUUUAUUUUAGUAGCUAUGUUAGCAGCAAGAACUAAAAAAAAAAAAGUUGGUUUUAUUACAAUGGUCAAUAUUCGUCAAUUAGUUGUUGAUGAAAAUUAUUCAUUACGUGGAAAAAUACUUGAUGAAUAUAUCCAAGUUGAUAAAGAAAAAGGUUUAAUUUCAUUUUUUAUUCGUAAUUUUUUUGUCUAUAUAUGUGGUACAUUAGGUACAACAUCAUGUUGUUCAGUUGAUAAUUUUGAAAAACUUGAACAGAUAUGUCAAUGUGAAAAACUUUGGUUUCAUAUCGAUGGAGCUUAUGCUGGUGCUGCACUUAUUUUUUGUUUAUUUUUAUUUUCUAAUACCAGAAUUCGUGAUAAAUUGGCAGUGAUUAAUGCUAUGUCAGUCGAUCCACUGUAUCUUCAACAUAAACAUGUCGAAAAAGCAACAGAUUUACGUCAUUGGAGUAUUGCAUUAAGUCGAGGAUUUCGAUCACUUAAAUUAUGGUUUACUAUUCGAAAUUAUGUUAAAGACGGUCUUCGUCAUUAUAUACGAGAACAUUGUCGUUUGUCAAAAAUAUUUGCUAAAUCAUUAAAAACAGAUGAUCGAUUUGAAAUAAUUGUAAAUGUUGUAUUUGGACUUGUUUGUUUUCGUUUGAAAGGAGACAAUAUAUUGACUGAAAAAUUAUUAUCAAGUUUAAAUGAUUCAGGUCAAAUCCAUGUUGUACCAACAAUGCUCAAUGCAGUAUUUAUAAUUCGUAUUGUUGUUUGUGCUAAAGAUGCUUUGGAAUAUGAUAUGCACAUUGCAUUUUAA